GAUCUUCACUCGCCGGUCCUUUGCGCCGGUAACCGACAGUACAAGCUGCAAUCAUGGACAACGUGCCGUUUCCCGAGACGCUGACGCCGAAGAGGACGCCGCCGAAGAGGAUAUGCGCCGAGAGAGGCACCUCCCCACGUGGACCCGAACACCGCAUGGGUUCAUGGCACUACGACGUUGCGCAUCUCUUAUUCCUGCCCUCCUGGGCCUCACUCAAGCGUCGCGUCUCCGCCGCCAUGUAUGCGGGCAAGUUCUCAGCAGUCCAGCCCUCAUCCGGCUCUCGCUUACUCAUGCCCAACAAUCUACAUGGCACGGACUAACGUUCGUGCCAUGGCCUGCUAGUGGUGGAUUAGAUUACCACCAGCAGCUGUCUCCAUUCACCCGCAAUGAAGCACACCAUUGCGAGAAAACUGGAAAUAUCUGUUAAUAUGGCACUGAGCGUGAGAUUGUGCUGCUUCCUGCUAUAGUAAAUCACUAUUUAUCACUAGUAGUACCUACUCCACCGAAGACCAGGCGCUUUUCUUCCGUGGAUUACUCCAAGAACCCAUCUGCACCUCAUUUUCGUCACCUCGCCGUGGUGUCGGUACCUGGUGCGACUGCAUGUUGCCGCUCUCGGAACGAUUGACUGGUGCUGUGACCUUGACCAGGUCUCGAUACAGCUGUCUCUCUUUUACCAAAUCCCCGACUGCGUAUCGAGGCGAGCAUACACUGCCUCUAUUCUCUUCUCUUCUCUUCCCUACUCUUCUCUUCUGCUUUGCGCUUUUCUUC